UGCUCAUUUAUUUUAUUGAUAGUGUGAGGGCGCUUCAUGCGUUGAACGGAUUUAGCAAAAUGGCGGAGUAUCUUGCGUCGAUUUUUGGAACAGAAAAAGACAAGGUGAAUUGCUCUUUUUACUUUAAAAUUGGAGCAUGUCGUCAUGGAGAGAGAUGCUCGCGUCUGCACAACAAACCCACUUUCAGUCAGACUGUGCUGCUGCAAAACUUAUAUCUCAAUCCACAGAAUGCUGCCCUUACAGCAGAUGGAUCCCACAUCAUGGUUGAUGAUGUGGAAGCCCAACAGGAGUUUGAUGAUUUUUUUGAGGAGGUAUUUACCGAGUUGGAAGACAAGUAUGGUGAGAUUGAAGAGAUGAAUGUUUGCGACAACCUUGGUGAUCAUCUUGUGGGCAAUGUGUAUGUCAAGUUCCAUCGUGAGGAAGAUGCUGAUAAAGCUGUUGCUGACUUGAACAAUCGCUGGUUCAAUGGGCGACCAGUGAACGCAGAACUUUCUCCUGUCACUGACUUUAGAGAAGCAUGUUGUCGUCAGUAUGAAAUGGGGGAAUGUACAAGAGGUGGGUUCUGCAACUUCAUGCAUCUGAAGCCAAUUUCACGAGAAUUACGACGAGAAUUGUAUGGCCGUCGCAAGAAGUCACGGAGAUCCAGGUCUCGUUCGCGCAGUAAAAGUCGAAGCAGAGAACGUGGUGCUGAACGUGGUGCUGAACGUGGAGAGCGGGGCGACCGCGGUGGCGGCGGCGGCGGUGGUGGUGGUGGCGGUGGCGGCGGCGGCGGCGGCGGCGGCGACCGUGCACGACAUAGGUCACGCUCUCGCAGCAGGGAGAAGCGAAGAUCACGUUCUCGAGAUCGCCAUGGACGCUACUAAUUUUUCCUCCCCAUCAUGUCAUAUUUUUUUUGUCAGUUGUGGGAAAUGGCAACAGCCCUAAUGUUAGUUUGUUGUCAGACUACUUCCAACUUUUUUACUUCAGGAUUCAAUAGAUUUUAACUUCUGAAUAUUAAAAAAAAAACAGGGUUGAGUCUCCCUUAAGUGUGUUCUGCAGUUGGGACAUCUAUUCACUUAAGUGUGAGGCAGCAUUCAGAGCAUUUAAAUAAAAUUCAGAUAUACUGUUUGUAGUGGUGUAAGUAGAAAUUAAGGGGCUAGGCCAAGAUCUUUGUUUUGUGUCCAUUCUUAUUUCCUCCGCGUGAAACCUAUUCAGGUAGGGAAGUUUUGUAAACCCACAAGUGCUGUUUGAUCAUCAAGUUUCUAAAGAUUUGUUCACUCAUCUUCAGUUAUUUUUAUGGGAAUAAAUGUUGUGAAAGCAGAGAUUUUCUGUUCGCGCAAUUUUAAGUUGA